UCCAAAGAUCAUAUAUACAUUUCUUCUGAAUUACCUGUAAUAUCAUUAUUUGUUUUCCACCGAGUUCUUUGUUUGUUUGAGAUUUGAACAACAAUGGCGACAAGGCAAGAGAAGGAGCAAAGGGCCGAGGCGGCAGCAAGACAAGCAGCGGACGAACUUAGGGAUGUUAAUAGAGAAAGAGAUUAUGAAGAAAGAGUUGCUUAUAAGGAGGAAUGGGAUCAAUCUCCGCCGCAACAGCAACAGAGGCCCGGAGUUAUUGGGAGCAUGUUGAGGGCGGUGCAAGACACGUUCGGGCAUGCCAAAGAGGCCGUCGUAGGUAAUAAGGGCCACGAGGCGGAGGAUUUCUCUGGUCGAGGUACAGAGAAGACAUGGGAGAUGAAAGAUAAAGCUGGUGAGUACAAAGACUAUGCAACUGACAAGACAAAGGACGCCGCAGAGAGGGCGAAAGAGGCAACGGAUGCUACCAAGGAAAAGGCUUCUGAGUAUACAGAUUAUGCUGCUCACAAGGCAAAGGAAACCAGGGACUCCACCGCCCAGAAGGCCAAAGAAUCAAAGGAUUCAGUAACAGGUAAAGCUUCCGAGUAUGGAGAUUAUGUUGCCCAGAAGGCGAAGGAAUCCAAGGAUGCGGCGACCGGUAAGGCGGCUGAUUAUGCAGCUUAUGCUUCUCAGAAGGCCAAGGAAACUAGGGACUCGGCUUCCCAGAAGGCGAAAGAAGCCAAGGAUAAUAUCACAGGGAAGGCUUCCGAGUAUAAAGACUAUGCAGCAGAGAAAGCCAAGGAAGCAAAGGACAUGACAGCCGAGAAGGCGAAGGAAGCGGCGGGGAAGGCAAGAGAGGGGACGGAAUAUGCGGCAGAGAAGGCUAAAGAAGGAAGAGAUGCUACAGUGGAGAAGACGAAGGAAUACACAGAUUAUACCGUGGAUAAAGCAAAGGAAGGCAAGGAUACCGGUGUUAGUAAGCUUGGGGAGCUGAAAGACUCAGCUGCUGAUGCUGCUAGGAAGGCCAUGGGCUUCCUCACUGGAAAAACUGAAGAAACGAAGCACACGGCAUCCGAAACUGCAGAUAGAACCAAGGAAAAGUUGAGCGAAACAACGGAGUCAGCUAGACAGAAAAUGGAAGAGAUGAAGCUGAAAAGUAAUGAUGGUGGUCGUGGGGUUUCAGAGAGGGUGGUGGUGAAAGUUGAAGAUACGCGACCAGGAGCUUUUGCUUCUACACUGAAAGCAUCUGAUCAGAUGAGUGGCCAAACUUUCAACGACGUGGGGCGUGUGAAUGAUGAAGGUGUUUAUGAUCGAUCGGACAAAACCAAUCUGUGAUCUUUAAAGCACUGCACAUUCCUUUGGUGUAUGUGAGAGUAUAUAUAUAUAUAGGGUGGGUGGACUAUUGUGGUGUUUUUGUUUCCAUGGUUUUGCUUCUGCUUUUGUAUCUGUUCCGCUAUGGAGUGCUUUUUUUCUCGUUUGAUCAGGAAUACCUGGAAAUGAUGUAUAAAUAAAAGCCACCCAAAAAUUAAUAGAGAGAAUAUGGGUUAUAGUUUCAUGAUAACUAGAUCUCUUCUUCAUUUUAAUGCAGAGGCCGGUUUCAACUUCA